AGAGCCCUGCAUUAUAUGAAAAGGCUUUAUAAAGCAUAUGCCACCAAAGAAGGAAUUCCCAAGUCUGACAGAAGUCACCUCUACAACACUGUUCGUCUCUUCACACCAUGUGCCCAGCACCAGCAGCCCUCUUGGGGCCAAGUCACAGGAGUUCUUCAGUCAAUGGAUUUGCUGUUUAACCUGGACCGUAUUACUGACCAUGAAUAUUUGCUCAAGUCUGUUUUGCUAUAUUCUUUGAAGAAUCCAGUUUCUUUUUCUUCCACCCCUAAGUGUAUGUGCCACCUUGUUGUAAAGGAACCUGAAUGUUCUAGCCCAUUUUGUUUUAGGUCUCCCCGGUCCUUCACUUUUAAUUUGCAGUUUGAAUUGAGAAAAAAUCACAAGUGGAUUGAAAUAGAUGUGACAACUUUGCUUCAGCCUCUAGUUGCUUCCAACAAGAGAAAUAUUCACAUAGCUCUGAAUUUCACUUGUCUCAAAAAUCAACAGAAUCCAUUUCAGGGUGAGUUAUUUGACACGGCCAUGUUAAUGGCCCCAUCACUAUUAGUAUAUCUGAAUGACACAAGUGCUCAGGCUUACCAUAGAUGGAAUUCCCUUAGAUACAAAAGAAGGCACCCGUUGUCACCUGACCAGAGAGAUCUGUCUUUCUACCAUAAGGAAGAAGAGCUGACUCAGGAUAGGAAAUUCUCCCGUCACCGAAGAGAUGAAGAAAUUGGAGAACCCAAAGCAAAGCAUCCCGUAUUGCCAGUCUCUUACAAUCUGAGUGAAUAUCUCAAGCAGUUUCUGUUUCCUGAGAAUGAGUGUCAACUUCAUGACUUUAAAUUGAGCUUUAGCCAGCUGAAGUGGGACAAAUGGAUUGUGGCACCACAUAGAUAUAAUCCUCGAUACUGCAAAGGUGACUGUCCCAGGCUUGUUGGGCAUCGAUAUGGUUCUCCUGUCCAUACUAUGGUGCAAAACAUAAUCUACGAGAAGCUAGACUCCUCCAUCCCAAGGCCUUCCUGUGUGCCUGCUAAAUAUAGCCCCUUGAGUGUCUUGACUGUUGAACUUGAUGGCUCUAUUGCUUAUAAAGAAUAUGAAGACAUGAUAGCAACAAAAUGUACUUGUCAAUAG